GAAGAGCUGCAUAAUUCAUACUGAUAUUUUCUAAAUGGCCAGUGCAUGGUGUUACAAAAUCAUACAUGAAUAAUAAAGGAUCCAAUUAAAGUAUAAGACAGAUCAGUUUAUUCGAAUACAGCAGAGUUCAUUAGCAUUGUUUCUAUUUCCAUGUUGCAAGUUAAGUUUAAAAAACUACCACUUUGCUUUGCAUUUUGAUGUAUCAAAAAGAAUAUUCGCUCUGUGCGCACGGGAAGAUGAAGAUGGCCGAACAGGUGACCAAGUCAGUGCUGUUCGUGUGUCUGGGUGACAUCUGUCGAUCACCCAUCGCAGAAGCAGUUUUCAGGAAACUUGUAACAGAUCAAAACAUUUCAGAUACUUGGGUCAUUGACAGUGGUGCUGUUUCUGACUGGAAUGUGGGCCGGUCACCAGAUCCAAGAGCUGUGAGCUGCCUAAGAAAUCAUGGCAUUAACACAGCCCAUAAAGCAAGACAGGUUACCAAAGAAGACUUUGCAACUUUUGAUUAUAUACUAUGUAUGGAUGAAAACAACCUGACAGAUCUGAAUAGGAAAAGUAAUCAAGUUAAAAACUGCAGAGUGAAAAUUGAACUACUUGGGAGCUACGAUCCACAGAAACAACUCAUGAUUGAAGAUCCUUAUUAUGGUAAUGACGCUGACUUUGAGACUGUCUACCAGCAGUGUGUGCGGUGCUGCAGAGCCUUCCUGGAGAAGGUUCGCUGACCUGGGUCCAGUCCUGCUGUGGCCUAGGCUCGUCCCACAGGCCCGCAUUCUCAGUCAGGUGUCACAGUGUCACCAUUCCCUAGCCAAGGCUGCAGCCCUUUCUUCAGUUGACUCACUAUUUCUUACCUUAAAAAAUAAUUGUAGAUGGAAAUCAGUUGUUGUGUUUGGCGGAAGAAUAAAUAAAAAUUUUUGAUUCAGACAGUUUAUGGGGUAACUGUUCUUAGACUAGUUGAACCUCCCACUUUGCCCCAGUUACAGAAAUAGUGGAACAAACAAAAUAGUAGAGCAGCAAAAUAGAACAUAAUGAAGUAAAACAUCACUGUAAGGCCUGUCAGCAUCUGAGCCCAUUGGCACUUCCAAGAAUCUGCACUACCUCUUCCCUCUGUGUGGAUGGGGCCCCUGCCCUGCACUACCUCUUGAUGUCAGGGCCUGGUGUCCAGUGAUGUUGGCGAGAAGUGUUCAGAUAUGCGCAGAGUGCACACUUGUGCAUUUACAGGACAGGAAGGAAGAAGAUUUGUGGGAUUAAUCUUCAGCACCUUCACUCCUUAGUUUGUGUCUGUCUAGUUGAUUUCAUAAGGAAGUCAGCUUAAGUGUUCCUGUUAGAACCACUUUGCCUCUGGAAAUGUAAUUGUGUCUGAGGAGAAGGACACUUGU